AUGUAUAACGGAAUUGGUCUUUCCACUGCCAGAGGCUCUGGUACCAACGGUUAUGUUCAACGCAAUAUGUCUGCACUGCGACCUCGCAAUGAGUUCAAAAAGGAUAUUUCGUCCUUCAACCACAGCAACUCUCUAGCCCAUCGUAAACCCAAUCAGGGCAUCCUUGAGCAUGACCGUAAGCGUCAAAUAGAACUCAAAUGUCUGGAACUUCAAGAAUCUCUUGAGGAACAAGGAACAUUGGGUGAGGAUGAGAUCCUUGCACAGGUGAGUACACUCCGCAAGUCUAUGCUUGCUGAUCUCAACAAUGUCCAACUGGAUGCUACCAACAUCAAAAGCCAUCAAGUGCAUCGUAUUGCCGAGGCCAAGGAAAAGGCUAAUAAACGGUUUGAAUCUGCUUUUGGCAUUGAUACAUCCGACUUUGUCGAAGGCGGUUCAUUUGAUCAGGAACGACUGGUGAGUAUUCAAUCCAUUGACUUUGGAAAUUCAGUAGUAUGCUUAGACUGGUCUCUAUAG